UUGUUCUACUAUUAGAGCUGUAGAGAUAUUGCUAAUUCUCUAUCACCCUGGAGUCACAGUAGAAGACGGCAUCCUUGUUGUAUUUCUCGGUACAAUGUCGCCACCUUCAGGUACCGCUCCGACACUACAUCCGGGGAGCGGAGUUGUAUCCCGGCGAGCAGCGUCCCAACACAUCUUCAUCCGCUCCCAGGUGCUGCUGCAGAGAGCAUGCUGAAGGAUGCUAGAUGGAGACCGAGGAGGAGCUGUGAAUAACCCUCGGUGAAGGAUGGCAGAAGGGGGAGAGGGAGAGGAGGAGAUUCAGUUCCUGCGAACGGAUGACCAAGUUGUUCUGCAGUGCACUGCCUCCAUCCUGAAAGAGCAGCAGAUUAAGCUAUGUCUGUCCUGUGAGGGUUUUGGGAAUCGUCUCUGCUUCCUGGAAACGACAUCCAAUGCCCAGAAGGUACCCCCAGACCUGGCCAUAUGUACCUUCAUCCUGGAGCAGUCCCUGUCGGUCCGUGCUCUGCAGGAGAUGCUGGCCAACACGGUGGAGAUGACUGAGGCAGUCGAUUUGGACAAAUGGUCGUCCCAAGGUGGAGGUCAUCGUACCUUACUUUAUGGUCAUGCCAUCCUCCUGAGACACCACCACUCAGGCAUGUACCUGAGCUGUCUGACUACAUCUCGGUCACUAACAGACAAGCUGGCCUUUGAUGUAGGCCUACAAGAAGACUCCUCUGGUGAGGCAUGUUGGUGGACCAUUCAUCCAGCCUCUAAGCAAAGGUCAGAAGGUGAAAAGGUCAGGGUGGGUGAUGACCUCAUUCUUGUCAGUGUGUCCUCUGAGAGAUACCUGCACCUGUCCUACGCUAGUGGAGAUCUGAUGGUGGACGCCUCCUUCAUGCAAACUUUGUGGAACAUGAACCCAGUUAGUUCUGGAUGCGAACUUGCUGAGGGGUAUCUGACAGGAGGUCACGUUCUCCGGCUGUUCCACGGCCACAUGGAUGAGUGUCUGACCAUCGCUACACCAGAGGAAGGAGAGGAAAAGCGCAGGAUGGCUCACUAUGAAGGUGGUGCUGUGUGCAGUCAGGCUCGAUCCUUGUGGCGGCUGGAGCCUCUCAGAAUCAGCUGGAGCGGUAGCCACAUGAAGUGGGGGCAGUCUUUUCGUAUUCGCCACAUUACCACAGGCCGGUACCUGUGUCUGGAUGAGGAAAAGGGUUUGUUGGUGGUCGACCCAGAGAAGGCCAACACCAAACUGUCCGCUUUCUGCUUCCGUGCUUCAAAGGAGAAGGUGGAGGUGGCUCACAAGCGUGAUGUUGAGGGGAUGGGCAUUCCAGAGAUUAAAUAUGGAGAGUCUAUGUGCUUUGUUCAACAUGUGUCCACAGGUCUGUGGCUCACAUAUGCUGCUCUGGAUGCCAAAUCUGCUCGUUUGGGAAUGAUGAAGAGAAAGGUCAUUCUGCACCAGGAGGGUCAUAUGGAUGAUGCCCUAACUGUGUCCCGCUCCCAAAGUGAAGAGUCUCAAGCUGCUCGAAUGAUUUACAGCACUACGGGCCUCUUCCGGCAGUUCAUCAAGGGACUGGACUCUCUGAGUGGAAAGAGCAAGUCACCAGUCGCUGUGUCGCUUCCUUUGGAGGGGGUCAUUCUCUCUCUUCAGGACCUCAUCUUUUACUUUCGUCCACCUGAGGAGGAACUGGAGCACGAGGAGAAACAGACCAAACUGCGCUCCCUCCGCAACCGGCAGAACCUGUUCCAAGAAGAGGGAAUGAUCACCAUCGUGCUGGAGUGCAUCGACCGCCUGAACGUGUACAAUACUGCUGCUCAUUUUUCUGAAUUUGCUGGAGAGGAAGCUGCAGAGUCCUGGAAGGAGAUUGUCAACCUCCUUUAUGAGCUGCUGGCCUCUCUAAUUAGGGGGAACCGGUCUAAUUGUGCAUUGUUCUGUGACAACCUGGACUGGCUGGUCAGCAAGCUGGACCGUCUGGAGGCCUCCUCAGGUAUUCUCGAGGUGUUGUACUGUGUGCUAAUUGAAAGCCCUGAGGUUCUGAACAUCAUCCAGGAGAACCACAUUAAGUCCAUCAUCUCUCUCCUGGACAAGCAUGGAAGGAACCACAAGGUCUUGGAUGUUUUGCGCUCUCUUUGUGUGUGUAAUGGUGUAGCUGUGAGGUCCAACCAGAACCUCAUCACUGAAAACCUGCUUCCGGGUCGAGACCUAUUACUGCAGUCCAACAUUGUAAACUAUGCCACCAGUGUAAGGCCCAACAUCUUCCUGGGUACAUGUGAGGGGUCCACACAAUAUAAGAAGUGGUAUUAUGAGGUAAUGGUGGACUACGUGGAACCCUUUGUGACGGCGCAGGCUACCCACCUGCGUGUGGGCUGGGCUAUGACUGAGGGCUACAGCCCCUACCCUGGAGGAGGAGAAGGCUGGGGAGGCAACGGUGUGGGAGAUGACCUCUACUCUUAUGGCUUUGAUGGACUGUAUCUAUGGUCAGGUACUGUACCCCGCCAGGUGGCUUCGCCCAGUGCACACGCCCUGGCAGCUGAUGAUGUUGUAAGCUGCUGUCUGGACCUGAGCGUGCCCACUAUCUCUUUCCGCAUUAAUGGCCACCCGGUUCAGGGCAUGUUUGAAAACUUUAAUGUGGAUAGCCUCUUCUUCCCUGUCAUCAGCUUCUCUGCUGGAGUCAAGGCUCGGUUCCUCCUUGGUGGUCGUCAUGGAGACUUCAAGUUCAUGCCCCCACCUGGCUAUGCCCCUUGUUAUGAGGCUCUGUUGCCUAGAGAGAGAAUGCAUAUUGAGCCUAUCAAGGAAUAUAAGCAUGACUUUGAUGGCGUGCGCAACCUGCUGGGCCCCACCCUUUCCCUCACCCACACCUCAUUCACCCCUUGCCCAGUGGACACUGUCCAGAUUGUGUUGCCUCCCCAUUUGGAGCGCAUCCGAGAGAAGCUGGCAGAGAAUAUUCAUGAGCUCUGGGCUAUCACCCGUAUUGAGCAGGGCUGGACCUUUGGGAGUGUCAGAGAUGACAACAAGAAGCUUCACCCUUGUCUGGUAGAUUUCCAGAGUCUUCCUGAACCAGAGAGGAAUUACAACCUGCAGAUGUCUGGAGAGACUCUCAAGACUCUCCUGGCGCUGGGUUGCCAUGUUGGUAUGGGUGACGAGAAAGCAGAGGAGAAUCUCAAGAAGAUCAAGAUGGCCAAGACCUAUAUGAUGAGUAAUGGAUACAAGCCUGCCCCCCUUGACCUAAACCAUGUCAAACUAACGCCAAACCAGAACCAGCUUGUUGAAAAACUGGCAGAAAAUGGGCAUAAUGUUUGGGCAAGGGACCGGGUACGACAAGGAUGGACCUACAGUAUUGUGCAGGACAUCUUGAAUAAGCGAAACCCUCGUCUGGUACCUUACAACCUGCUAGACGAGAAAACUAAGAAAACAAACCGAGACAGUGUUAAUAACGCUGUCCGCACUCUCAUUGGCUAUGGCUACAACAUUGAGCCUCCAGACCAGGAGAGCACCGCCCAUGGCCUCGAGAACACCCGUGGGGACAAGGUUCGAAUCUUUAGGGCAGAGAAGACAUAUGCUAUCACCCAAGGGAAAUGGUACUUUGAGUUUGAAGCAGUGACCACAGGGGAGAUGAGAGUAGGCUGGGCACGUCCUAAUGUCCGCUCUGACACUGAACUUGGAGCAGAUGAACUGGCCUACGUCUUUAAUGGCAAUAAGGCUCAAAGAUGGCACAUUGGCAAUGAACCAUUUGGUCGCCAGUGGCAGUCUGGUGAUGUAGUCGGCUGUAUGAUUGACCUGACUGAGAUGAACAUCAUGUUUACGCUCAACGGAGAAAUGUUAAUCAGUGACUCAGGCUCUGAGAUGGCUUUCAAAGAUAUUGAAAUUGGGGAAGGCUUUAUCCCAGUGUGUGCACUGGGCCUAUCUCAGGUUGGAAGGAUCAAUCUUGGUCAGAACGUCAGCAGCCUGCGCUACUUUGCUAUCUGUGGCCUGCAGGAAGGAUUUGAACCUUUUGCCAUCAAUAUGAAGAGAGAUAUUACCAUGUGGUUCAGUAAAAGUUUGCCGCAGUUUGUGCCUGUACCCACAGAUCACAAUCAUAUUGAGGUCUCCCGUGUUGAUGGGACGGUGGAUAGUGCCCCCUGUCUGAAACUGACUCAUAAGACCUUUGGCUCGCAGAACGCCAAUACCGAUAUGAUGUUUCUCAGGCUCAGCAUGCCAGUCCAGUUCCAUGAGACCUUCAAGGUCCCAGCGGGCACCACCCCUCUCACCCAUGCCCUCACGAUCCCCGAGGAGGAAGUGGUGGUGGUGGAGCCCGACUCAGAGUUUGAAGUUCUGAAGAAGUCUGCCAACCGCAAGGAGCAGGAUGAUGAAAAGAAGGAGCCGUCUGUACCUAAGGAAAUCUCUGUGGAAAACGAGAAGGACAUUGUGUCAGAAAAGGGAAAGAAAAGGGGAUUUUUCUUCAAGGCUAAGAAGGCUGCCAUGACACCUCUUGCCCCUCCUCCUGCCCCUCCAACAGUGCCACGAUUGAUGGAAGAUGUAGUCCCCGAUGACAGAGAUGACCCUGAGAUCAUCCAAAAUACCACAACUUAUUACUAUUCUGUGAGGAUCUUUGCUGGGCAGGAGCCUUCUGGUGUGUGGAUUGGCUGGGUAACUCCUGACUACCACCAGUAUGAUCCAACCUUUGACCUCUCCAAGGUGCGCAGUACCACUGUUACUGUGGGAGAUGACAAAGGCAACAUACAUGACAGUAUGAAGCACAGUAACUGUUACAUGGUGUGGGGAGGGGACCUGGUCAGCAAUCAGCAGACACGCUUCAGCCAGGAAGACAUGGUGGUUGGCUGCCUGGUCGACCUGGCAACUGGUCUCAUGACCUUCACAGCCAAUGGAAAGGAGAUUAACACUUUCUACCAGGUGGAGCCCAAUACCAAGCUGUUUCCUGCCAUCUUCAUUCAGCCCUCCAGUCAGAACAUGGCACAGCUGGAGCUGGGCAAACUCAAGAACAUCAUGCCCAUCUCUGCAGCCAUGUUCCACAGUGAGCGUAAGAAUCCAGUCCCACAGUGCCCUCCCAGGUUGGAUGUCCAGAUGCUGACUCCAGUUAUCUGGAGUCGAAUGCCCAAUCACUUCCUCAACCCGGAGGUGGGCAAAGUGAAUGAGCGGUUGGGCUGGAUGGUGGAGUGUACCGAACCUCUCACCAUGAUGGCACUGCACAUCCCAGAGGAGAACAGAUGUAUUGACAUCCUGGAGCUGUCAGAGUGUCAGGAUCUGAUGAAAUUCCACUACCAUACCCUUAUGCUCUACUGUGCUGUGUGCGCACUUGGAAACAACCGCGUGGCUCAUGCCCUGUGCAGCCAUGUGGAUGAAUCCCAGCUUUUCUAUGCCAUUGAGAACACCUACCUUCCUGGACCUCUUCGUAGUGGCUAUUAUGACCUGCUCAUCAGCAUCCACCUGGAGUCUGCCAAACGGGCACGGCUAGCCACCAACAAGGAGUUUAUUGUCCCCAUGACUGAAGAGACUCUCAGCAUCAAUUUGUAUCCUGAUGCAAAGAAAGCCCAUUCUCUCCCUGGUGUUGGCCUCACCACCUGCUUACGGCCCAAGCUGCAUUUCUCAUCUAUCAACUUUGUUGGUACAGACCCUGAUCUAUACACCCUUAGUCCAGUUUUUCCUCUACAGGAGCUGAAGACCGAGGCGAUCAGCAUGUUAACAGAGGCUGUGCUGGAUGGUAGCCAGGCUAUGAGGGAUCCUGUAGGAGGCAGUGUAGAGUUCCACUUUGUCCCAAUCCUGAAGCUGAUCAGUACACUGCUCAUUAUGGGCAUCUUCAAUGACGAAGACACCAAGCACAUCCUCAAGAUGAUUGAUCCCAAUGUAUUCAGUGGAAAGGAAGAGGAGGAAGAAGAGAUAGAGAAAGCUGACAAGGGUGGAGCUGCUGAAGGAGAAAGUGAGGAAGAGAAGGAGGAGGAGGAAACAGAAGAUGAAGCAGAGGCCGAGCUUGAGGAUGAAGGGGUUGGUGACGAAGAAGAGGAGGAGCUUAAAGAUUUAAAGAAAGGGGAGCCUGAGGACAAAGAGGCAGAGCCUAAGGAGGAGGGGGAGGCGAGAGAAGGAAAAGUAGAUGGAGAGAAAGCAGAGGAGGAGAAGGAAGCAGAGGCAGUGGGGGCAGAAGCAAAAGAUGAUGAGGAGGGUCUGGAGGAAGGGUUGCUGCAGAUGAAACUGCCGGAGUCAGUCAAGCUGCAGAUGUGCACACUCCUGCAGUACUUCUGUGACUGUGAGCUGCGACACAGAGUGGAAGCCAUUGUAGCCUAUUCAGACCAGUUUGUCCAUGAUAUUCAGGACAACCAACGGGUUCGUUACAACCAGUUAAUGAGAGCCUUCAACAUGACAGCUGCUGAGACUGCACGCAAAACCCGAGAGUUCCGCUCACCACCACAAGAUCAGGUUCUUUUGCUGACCAACUGUAAGAACAGUGGAGAUGAUGAUGAUUGUCCGGUGCCUGAGGAGGUGCAGAACACCCUGGCAGAGUUCCACAAUGACCUCCUGCUUCACUGUGGUAUACAUAUUGAAGAGGAGACAGAAGAGCAGGAGGUUGACACUUCACUGAGGGGCAGACUUCUUAGUCUGGUAGACAAGGUCAAGAGCUUGCACAAGAAGAAGGAGAAUGAGAAGCCCGAGGUUGAGGAGGAGCCAAAACCCAGCAGCGUUCAGGAACUGAUCUCCCACACUAUGAUUCACUGGGCCCAGGAGUCGUUCAUCCAGAAUCCCGAGCUGGUACGGCUGAUGUUCAGUCUGCUCCACAGGCAGUACGAUGGUCUCGGUGAGCUGAUUCGAGCUCUGCCCAAAGCCUACGCCAUCAACGCCGUGUCUGUUCAGGACACAAUGGACCUGCUCGAGUGUUUGGGACAGAUACGUUCACUGCUUAUCGUCCAGAUGGGCCCAGAGGAGGAACGACUCAUGAUUCAGAGCAUCGGGAACAUCAUGAACAACAAGGUCUUCUACCAGCACCCCAAUCUCAUGAGAGCUCUUGGUAUGCAUGAGACUGUCAUGGAGGUGAUGGUCAAUGUGUUGGGUGGAGGGGGAGACUCAAAGGAGAUUCGAUUCCCUCAAAUGGUGACCAACUGCUGUCGUUUCCUGUGUUACUUCUGUCGUAUCAGCCGACAGAACCAGCGCUCCAUGUUUGACCAUCUUUGCUAUCUGCUACAGAACAGCGGCAUUGGCUUGGGCAUGCGUGGAUCAACCCCUCUGGAUGUGGCUGCGGCUUCCUGCAUUGACAACAAUGAGUUGGCCUUGGCUUUGCAAGAGCAAGACCUGGAAAUGGUGGUGACAUACUUGGCAGGAUGCGGACUGCAGAUGUGUCCAAAUCUCCUGUCUAAGGGCUACCCUGACAUCGGCUGGAACCCCUGUGGAGGAGAGAGAUACUUGGAUUUCCUCCGCUUUGCUGUCUUUGUUAAUGGAGAGAGCGUGGAGGAAAACGCUAAUGUUGUAGUCCGUCUACUCAUCCGUCGGCCCGAGUGCUUUGGCCCAGCCCUGAGAGGAGAGGGCGGGAAUGGUCUGCUGGCUGCAAUGGAAGAGGCCAUCAAGAUCUCAGAGGAUCCAGCAAGGGAUGGACCCACUGUCAAAAAAGAUAGACGCUUCAUGUUUGGUGGUGAGGAACAGCAGGAGGAGAACCGUGUGCAUCUGGGAAAUGCCAUCAUGUCCUUCUACUCAGCCCUUAUUGAUCUGCUGGGUCGCUGUGCCCCUGAGCUGCAUCUAAUCCAAGCAGGCAAGGGCGAAGCUCUAAGAAUAAGGGCCAUCCUGAGGUCUCUGGUGCCCAUAGAAGACUUGGUGGGAGUCAUCAGCUUGCCUGUGCAGAUUCCUGCUUAUGGCAAAGAUGAUCAGAUUAUUGAGCCCAAGAUGUCAGCCAGUUUUGUGCCAGACCACAAGGCCUCCAUGGUGCUGUUCCUUGAUAGAGUGUAUGGUAUCGAUAACCAGGACUUCUUGCUUCAUGUGCUGGAGGUUGGCUUCCUGCCUGACAUGAGAGCUGCAGCUUCUCUUGACACGGUGGCAUUCAGUACAACUGAAAUGGCUUUGGCACUGAGCCGCUACCUCUGUUCAGCCGUUCUGCCUCUGCUCACCAGGUGUGCCCCGUUGUUUGCUGGGACAGACCACCGUGCCAUCAUGAUCGACUCCACGCUCCACACCAUCUAUCGUCUGUCUCGUGGUCGAGCCCUUACAAAGGCCCAGAGGGAUGUUAUUGAGGAGUGUCUCAUGUCGCUCGUCAAGUACAUUCGGCCCUCCAUGCUGCAGCAUCUGCUUAGACGGCUGGUGUUUGAUGUGCCCAUUCUCAAUGAAUAUGCAAAGAUGCCUCUUAAGCUUUUGAUGAAUCACUAUGAACGCUGUUGGAAGUAUUACUGUUUGCCUAAUGGAUGGGCUAAUUUUGGGGUGACCUCAGAGGAAGAGCUGCAUCUUUCUCGUAAACUCUUUUGGGGAAUCUUUGAAUCUUUGGCACACAAAAAAUUUGAUGCAGAGCUCUUCAAGAUCGCCAUGCCCUGCAUUUGUGCCAUAGCAGGAGCCAUACCUCCUGACUAUGUGGAUGCCAGCUACUCCUCACACACUGAGAAAAAGGCCUCUGUGGAUGCUGAAGGAAACUUUGAUCCCAAACCAGUGGAGACCACCAACACCAUCAUCCCAGAGAGACUAGAUGCCUUCAUUAACAAGUACGCAGAGCACACUCAUGACAAGUGGGCCUUUGAAAAGAUUCAGAACAACUGGACUUACGGAGAGGCGUUAGAUGAGAAUGCUAAGACUCACCCAAUGCUCCGGCCAUACAAAACGUUUUCUGAAAAGGACAAGGAGAUCUAUCGUUGGCCCAUCAAAGAAUCCAUCAAAGCUAUGCUGGCAUGGGAGUGGACCUUGGAGAAAACCAGGGAUGGGGAUGAAGCCGAGAAGGCCACCAGCACACGAAAGAUCUCCCAAACUGCUCAGGCGACUUACGAUCCCAGUCACGGCUACAGCCCUCAGCCAAUUGACAUCUCAUGCAUGGCCCUGUCCAGAGAGCUGCAGUCUAUGGCUGAGCAACUGGCUGAGAAUUAUCACAACACCUGGGGCAGGAAGAAGAAGUUAGAGCUACAGGCCAAAGGCGGUGGCACCCAUCCUUUACUUGUGCCCUAUGACACCCUGACGGCUAAGGAGAAGGCCAGGGACAGGGAGAAGGCCCAGGACCUGCUCAAGUUCCUCCAACUCAAUGGAUAUGCUGUGACUCGGGGUCUGAAAGACAUGGAGCAGGACAUUUCCUCUAUUGAGAAGCGUUUUGCCUAUGGCUUUCUCCAGAAACUUCUUAAAUGGAUGGACAUCGCCCAGGAGUUCAUUGCACAUCUUGAGGCCGUGGUUAGCAGUGGUAGAGUGGAGAAAUCACCACAUGAACAAGAGAUCAAAUUCUUUGCCAAGAUUCUCUUGCCACUGGUAAACCAGUACUUCAAGAAUCACUGUCUAUACUUCCUCUCCACACCUGCCAAAGUCUUGGGUAGUGGAGGGCAUUCUUCCAAUAAGGAGAAGGAGAUGAUUGCAAGUAUCUUCUGUAAGUUGGCUGCUUUGGUGAGGCACAGAGUAUCUCUUUUUGGAACGGAUGCAGGUGCAGUGGUAAACUGUCUGCACAUUCUGUCACGAUCACUGGAUGCCAGGACUGUUAUGAAAUCAGGUCCUGAGAUUGUGAAAGCUGGCCUGCGUCAGUUCUUUGAGAGUGCUGCAGAUGACAUUGAAAAGAUGGUUGAGAAUCUAAAACUGGGCAAAGUGUCCAGUCGCAACCAGGUUAAGGGUGUGUCCCAGAAUAUCAACUACACCACCACUGCCCUGCUGCCAGUGCUUACUUCACUGUUUGACCACAUUGCCCAGCACCAGUUUGGAGAUGACGUCAUAUUGGAUGACUUGCAAAUAUCCUGCUAUCGUUUAAUGUGCAGUAUCUAUUCUUUGGGCACUGUGAAGACUCCACAUGUAGAGAAGCAGCGACCAGCUCUUGGGGAGUGCUUGGCCCACUUAGCAGCUGCUAUGCCAGUGGCCUACCUUGAGCCAGAGCUGAAUGAGUUCAACAUGUUUUCUGUUUACACCACCAAGACUCCCAGAGAGAGAGCCAUCCUGGGUCUUCCCAACCAAGUGGAGGAGCUGUGCACUGACAUCCCAGAGCUGGAUGUCCUGAUGAAAGAGAUCCGUGACCUGGCUGAGUCUGGGGCCCGCUACACUGAAAUGCCCCAUGUGAUUGAGAUCACCCUGCCCAUGUUGUGUAACUACCUCCCACGCUGGUGGGAGAGGGGCCCAGAGAGUUUCCCUGAGCAUGAGGGCCAGCUCUGCACCUCUGUCACCUCUGAACAUCUCAACCAACUGCUGGGUAGCAUCAUGAAGAUUGUGGUUAACAACCUGGGUAUAGAUGAGGCCUCCUGGAUGAAGAGGUUGGCAGUGUUCGCCCAACCCAUUGUCAGCAGGGCUAAACCAGAGAUGCUUAAAUCCCACUUCAUCCCCACUAUGGAAAAGCUGAAGAAGCGCGCAGGAAAGGUGGUGGCUGAGGAGGAACACCUGCGCAUGGAGGGCAAGACAGAGGUGGACAGUGAAAAUGGGACCAUCCGAGAUGAGUUUGCUGUGCUGUGUCGGGACCUGUAUGCUCUCUACCCUCUGCUCAUUCGCUACGUGGACAAUAACAGGGCGAGAUGGUUGACCUGUCCAGACCCAGAUGCAGAGGACCUUUUUAGGAUGGUGGGAGAGGUCUUUAUUUUCUGGUCCAAAUCCCAUAACUUUAAGAGGGAGGAGCAGAACUUUGUGGUGAUGAAUGAGAUCAAUAAUAUGUCCUUCCUGACUGCUGACAGUAAGAGCAAGAUGAGCAAGUCUGGAGGAUCAGAGCAGGAGCGUACCAAGAAGAAGCGGCGAGGGGAUCGCUAUUCUGUGCAGACUUCCCUUAUUGUGGCUGCGUUAAAGAAACUGCUUCCCAUUGGUCUCAACAUGUGCUCACCUGCAGACCAGGAGCUCAUCAAUCUUGCCAAGAUCAGAUACUCACUGAAAGAUACAGAUGAAGAAGUGAGGGAGUUCUUGAACAACAAUCUGCAUAUGCAAGGCAAAGUGGAGGACCCAGCUAUGCGCUGGCAAAUGUCUCUUUAUAAGGAGAUGUCUGGAAAGGCUGAAGAUGCCGAGGACCCUGAGAAGGUGGUGAAACGGGUGCAGGAGGUGUCUGCUGUCCUUUACCACAUUGAGGUGACUGAGCAUCCCUUCAAGUCAAAGAAAAUGGUGUGGCACAAACUUCUGUCCAAACAGCGUCGGAGGGCCGUGGUGGCCUGUUUCAGGAUGACACCCCUGUACAACAUCCCCACGCACAGGGCAACCAAUAUGUUCUUAGAUGCAUACAAGCGUAACUGGUUAGAGACUGAAGGUUACUCAUUUGAGGACAAGAUGAUUGACGACUUAUCGAAAGCCAUGGAGGAAGAGGAGGAAGAGGAAGAGGAGACUGAGACAAAGCCUGAUCCCCUUCAUCAGCUGAUUCUUCAUUUCAGCCGCACAGCUCUCACAGAAAAGACUAAACUUGAUGUUGACCAUCUCUAUAUGUCAUAUGCUGAUAUUAUGGCAAAGAGCUGUCACAUUGGUGAGGAAGACGAAGGGGGAGAACAGGAGGGGGAGGAGCCAUCCUUUGAGGUGCGACAGACAGAGAUGGAAAAGGAGAUGGAGAAACAGAGGCUUCUGUACCAGCAGUCUCGUCUGCACAACCGCGGAGCUGCAGAGAUGGUGCUGCAAAUGAUCAGUGCCUGUAAAGGCGAGCCUGGAGCCAUGGUUUCUUCCACACUGAAACUGGGAAUCUCCAUCCUCAAUGGAGGCAACUGUGAUGUACAGCAGAGAAUGCUGGACUAUCUGAAGGAUAAAAAGGAUGUGGGAUUCUUCCUUAGUGUUCAGGCCCUGAUGCAGACCUGCAGUGUUUUGGAUCUGAACGCUUUUGAGAGACAGAACAAGGCUGAGGGACUGGGGAUGGUUUCAGAGGAAGGCACCAAUAUGAAGCUAGAACGUGAUGAAAAAGUAAUGGCAGACAAUGAAUUUACGUGUGACCUCUUCCGCUUCCUGCAGCUUCUCUGUGAGGGCCACAAUAACGAUUUUCAGAACUACCUGAGAACUCAGACAGGCAGCACCACUACCAUCAAUGUCAUCAUCUGCACUGUAGACUACCUGCUCCGACUACAGGAGUCUAUCAGUGACUUUUACUGGUACUACUCAGGAAAAGACAUCAUUGAUGAGCCUGGUAAGAGGAAUUUCUCCAAAGCAAUGACUGUGGCUAAGCAGGUCUUCAACAGCUUGACUGAGUACAUCCAGGGUCCCUGUACUGGUAACCAACAGUCUCUGGCCCACAGCAGGUUGUGGGACGCUGUGGUGGGCUUCCUGCACGUCUUUGCACAUAUGAUGAUGAAACUUGCUCAGAUGCACCCCGAUCCUGGACAACGAAAUGGCGAUCAUUUUUGGAGUACGGCACACUCUGAGGACUCCAGUCAGAUUGGACUGUUGAAGGAACUGUUGGAUCUGCAGAAGGACAUGGUGGUGAUGCUUUUGUCUCUGCUUGAAGGUAAUGUGGUGAAUGGCACUAUUGCUAGGCAGAUGGUUGACAUGCUGGUGGAGUCCUCCAGCAACGUGGAGAUGAUCCUCAAGUUCUUCGACAUGUUCCUCAAGCUCAAGGACAUAGUGGCAUCGGACGCCUUCCGAGACUAUGUGACUGACCCCCGUGGGCUAAUCUCCAAGAAGGACUUCUCCAAGGCCAUGGACAGCCAGAAGCAAUACUCUCCAGCAGAGAUCCAGUUCCUCCUCUCCUGCUCAGAGGCCGAUGAGAAUGAGAUGAUCAACUAUGAGGAAUUUGCUGAUCGUUUCCAAGAGCCAGCCAAAGACAUUGGUUUCAAUAUCGCCGUUCUGCUCACGAACCUGUCAGAGCACGUACCUCAUGACACUCGCCUGCAGAACUUCCUGGAGCAGGCCGAGAGCGUGCUUAACUACUUCCGCCCAUUCCUUGGUCGCAUAGAGAUAAUGGGAGCCAGCAAGAGGAUCGAGCGUAUUUACUUUGAAAUCAGUGAGGCCAACCGCAACCAGUGGGAAAUGCCUCAAGUCAGGGAGUCCAAAAGGCAGUUCAUCUUUGAUGUGGUCAAUGAGGGCGGCGAGAGUGAGAAAAUGGAGUUGUUUGUGAACUUCUGCGAGGACACCAUCUUUGAGAUGAACAUUGCUGCAUCUAUCUCUGAGCCUGAGGGAGAUGGUGCAGAAGAGGAAGAUGAUGAGGAAGAAGAGGAGGGUGGAGGAGAUGAAGGAGAGCCUGCAGAAGGAGAUGAAGGAGAAGGGGAAGCUGCAGAGUCAGCCUCAGCUUUUGCAGAUUUUCUGAAGAGCGUGGUUGACUUCUUCAACAUGUUCACCUUCCGUAACCUGCGGCGUCAGUACCGUAAACUAAGAAGAAUGACAGUAAAGGACAUGGUGAUUGGCCUGGUUACGCUUGUCUACACUAUUCUGAUGGGUAUCCUGAUGUUUGCCUAUAGUAUAUGUAAGGGCUUCUUCACACUCAUAUGGAAGGCACUGUUCGGUGGAGGCUUAGUGGAGGGUGCCAAGAAGAUGACGGUGACUGAGAUUCUAGCCAGCAUGCCAGAUCCAACCCAGGAUGAAGUUCAUGGUGACCUGCCACCUGAGCCAGGGGCUAGAGAGGUCCAAGACACAGAUGGAGCAGCAGAACUUUUAGAUGCUGUGGGAGGAGAGGAGGAAGAGGAGGAUGGCGAAGAAAGGGAAGGUGGACGCCUGCCUGGUUUCAAUGCUCCUGGGGGACUUGGAGACUUUGGUGAGACAACACCUGAAGAGCCUCCGACUCCAGAGGGCACACCACUGCUGAAGAGGAAAUUGUUGGAAGCUGCAGCAGAGGGACAAGGAGAGGAAGAAAAAGUUGAACAACACGAAGAAGUGGCUCCUCAGGAGACCGAGAAGGCAGACACGGAGAAUGCAGAGAAGGCAGAAAAGACAGAGCCUGAACCUGAGGUAAAGGAGGAACAAGAGAAGGAGGAGGAAGAGGAGGAAGAAAAGAAGGUGAAGACCAAGGUGAAAAAGGAGAAGAAACCUGUUGGUGACGGCUUUGAGCUGUGGAAUGAGCUGGAGAUUCAGAGGGUUAAAUUCAUGAACUACCUUUCUCGUAACUUCUACAACCUUCGGUUCCUGGCCCUGUUCAUCGCGUUCGCUCUUAAUUUCAUCCUACUCUUCUACAAGGUGUCUGACAGUCCUCCAGGUGAGGAGGAGUUUGAGGGUUCUGGUCUGUUUGAGGGCUCUGGUCUAUUUGAAGGCUCUGGUGCUGAAGAGGAGGGGUCUGGAUUAGAUGAUGGAGGAGAUGAUGAUGAUGAAGAAGGUCCCUUGUACUACUUCUUGGAGGAGAGCACAGGCUACAUGGAACCAGCCCUGUCUUUCCUCGCUAUGAUCCACACCAUCAUCUCCUUCCUUUGCAUCAUCGGCUACAAUUGCCUCAAGGUCCCUCUGGUUAUCUUCAAGAGAGAGAAGGAGCUGGCCAGAAAGCUGGAGUUUGACGGUCUCUAUGUCACUGAGCAGCCUGAGGACGAUGACAUCAAGGGCCAGUGGGACAGACUGGUGCUCAAUACUCCCACUUUCCCCAACAAUUACUGGGACAAGUUUGUGAAAAGAAAGGUUCUGGAUAAAUAUGGUGACAUCUACGGCAGAGAAAGGAUUGCUGAACUGCUCGGUAUGGAUUUGGCUUCUCUUGACGUCAGUGCCAUGACGCACGAAAAGAAGCCUGAACCUGACAACUCAAUGUUCAACUGGGUAACAUCUAUUGACAUCAAGUACCAGAUCUGGAAGUUUGGUGUUGUGUUCACUGACAAUACCUUCCUCUACCUGGUUUGGUACACGCUAAUGUCUAUGCUUGGACAUUACAAUAACUUCUUCUUUGCCGCUCAUCUUCUGGACAUCGCCAUGGGUGUCAAAACCCUGCGCACCAUUCUGUCCUCUGUUACUCACAACGGCAAACAGCUGGUGAUGACAGUAGGCCUGCUGGCUGUAGUAGUGUACCUGUACACCGUGGUGGCCUUCAACUUCUUCCGCAAGUUCUACAACAAGAGUGAGGAUGAGGACGAACCUGACAUGAAGUGUGAUGACAUGAUGACUUGUUACCUGUUCCACAUGUAUGUUGGCGUGCGUGCUGGUGGUGGCAUAGGAGAUGAAAUUGAGGACCCAGCCGGGGAUGAAUACGAGCUCUAUCGAGUGGUUUUCGACAUUACCUUCUUCUUCUUUGUCAUUGUCAUCCUGCUUGCUAUCAUCCAGGGUUUGAUCAUCGAUGCCUUUGGAGAGCUGAGAGACCAGCAGGAGCAGGUCAGAGAGGACAUGGAGACAAAGUGUUUCAUCUGUGGAAUAGGAAGUGACUACUUUGACACUACGCCGCACGGCUUCGAGACACACACUUUAGAAGAGCAUAACUUAGCCAACUACAUGUUCUUCCUGAUGUACCUGAUCAAUAAAGAUGAAACAGAACACACAGGACAGGAGUCAUAUGUGUGGAAGAUGUACCAGGAGCGAUGCUGGGACUUCUUCCCUGCUGGGGACUGCUUCAGGAAGCAGUAUGAGGAUCAGCUCGGAUAACGUCUCCCACUGCUCAUGUGCAUCUGAAAAGACAAGAGAGGAGGGGAGGGAUAUUCAGAGAGAGAAAACAGUAGAAAUGUAGAGAUGGAACACACCUGUCUUAGUUUUGUCCUUUGUGCAUUUCUCUCCUCUGUUGAAGCGAUGCACACUUUGACUGCACUAGUGUACCACCUGCAGCAGAAUGAUAACAGAGUAGAUUUAAAAAGAUGAAUAAUCAGAGAUGCAUAAAAAGACACAAGAAGCCACGGGCCUUUUUUUCCCACUAUGAAUACACUACAUGGCCUUUUUUGAGUUAAAAAUACAUUGAUUGCCUUGCAUAUCAACUGUGUCUAUACACACUGGACCUGUUCAGUCGCUACUUCUGUAAACGUUAUAGUGCCUAUAGCAAUGUCACUGUUUUAGCAAUUUAGAUUUUUAGCUUUAACACUUUUAUUUGACAUUUGAGUGGAUAUGUUUUAUAUAUAUUGUUCGUAAGGUGGGGGAUUUUUUCGUACGUGGCUGCUGCCAUGUGGUUUUUCAUUUAUGAUUUCUGGCCUUUCAGUGAGAGAGUGAUGUAAAAGAAAAGGAUUCAGCAGUUUACACUUUGAGAUCUCUGAGGGAGUGCUGAACAUUUAAGGCCCCCUCAGUCCUUUUCUUCCUCUCUCAAGGCUUAGAAACUCAUCUUCACACAAGAGAUCAAUCAUGUAUCGAAACUCUUGUUGAAUUGAUUUGCCAAGAUAAUAAAUGGGGUAUCAUCUGCAUAUUUGACUUAUACUGGUGUGAAUCAGAUGUAUAGACAAACCCAGCUUGCACUCUAAAGUCUUACAAUGCAUCCCUGGGUGUAUGUGGUCCCCUAUUUUCACCGGUGUCUCUGUGCCAUCUAUGACAGUGAUGAUGAACACACACACAUACAGUAUAAGAGGAUGCCAAGAUUAUUUAUUUAUUGUUUGUAUCCAGAUCAGAUCUUCUGAAGACGACCGCUCUGGCUAAGAGUCAGUUUUAUGACGAUUUAUGCACAAAUACGUUUGUGUCAGUGCAUUGAAAUAGGUAAUGAAUGUAUUUAAUGUACAUUAUGGCCAAAGUGUCAUUGUAUAACUGAGUAAUGACUAGGCUGCUUGGAGCCCUUUUGAUGAAAAGACAUAUUUUACAUAAAUCAUAUUUACAUAUUUAUUUUUCUUUAAGGCUUUGAAGAAUUGAAAUGAUCCAUGCUAUAUUAUCGGACAUGAGCUGUUUGUGAAAUCCACACGGGUCAUUUAAGUAAAUGGCCCGUUUGCAGUCAGAAGAGAAAAUUAGCUUUUGUUUUUGCUAGUUAGGUUUUUAUGAAAGAUAUUUUUAGGAAUCCAGCAUAUAAGUUAUUUUUCUCAAUCAAGAAAGUCAUGUGUGUUGUGAUCUCAGACAGUUCUGUUUCACUCUGCCUCUCACAUGCACACAAACUCACAAAACUCUCCAUCUUUAAGGUCACGACUCAUUUGUUUGCGGAUGACUGAAGUGUGAAUUUGUUGCUGUGCUCUUCACAGGGGCAGUCGAUGGUAUGGAGCUGAAUGGGAUCACUACUUUCUUUCUGACUAAACCCCGUGUUUCAGUACAGAAUAAACAGAUUAUUUUAAG